GCCACUGCAGUUUUUACAGGGUUUUAACAAGCUUUGCGCACGCAUGGUCCCAAAGUGAGCUGCCCUCUCCAUGUUGGAUCUACCAGCCGAUAGGGUACAUGCCUUUGACAUUGUAACGUUAUCUGGAGAUUUCUGAAAAUUUGCAUUCCCUCCUUUUGAUCUCUCUUUCAUGCUACAAAACUCACCAACUCUUAAAACGGUUUGUUGCAAUUCAGCAAGCGGGCAGAGACUUUAUGGUAGCGAGCUGUCAGAUCGGAUGCCCCGAUGAGAGAUCCAGUUGACACAGCGGCUGCCAUGGCUUACCAUCCUUUCCAAGCUCAUCGACCAGGUGCCUUGACCUUGUCAACCUUCUUUACCGCCGCUCAGCCCUCGUUUUUCCCUGCAGCGCUGGCUUUCCCAGACGCCGCCCCCCUGUCCGAGCCUGUGCCGGAGCAGGCUGCCCCUGAUGCGGGGCUGCGCGCUGCUCUGGGACGCCAGCAGCAGCCAGUUCACCCGCGCGCCUUGAAAAGCGUGCAGACGGAAGAAUGGCUCGACGAUGACCCGAAAGUCACACUGGAGUCAAAGAAUUUAUGGAAAGAAUUUCACAAAAUGGGAACUGAGAUGGUUAUAACAAAAUCCGGAAGGAGGAUGUUUCCAGCUUUCAAAGUGCGGGUAAACGGGCUGGUUGAAACGGCAAAGUAUAUCCUGCUGAUGGACAUCGUCGCUGUUGAUGAGUGCCGCUACAAGUUUCACAACUCCCGCUGGGUGGUGGCUGGAAAAGCUGACCCGGAGAUGCCAAAGCGCAUGUACAUCCACCCAGACAGCCCGUCCAAAGGAGAGCAGUGGAUGAGCAAGCCCGUCGCUUUUCAUAAAUUCAAACUCACAAAUAAUAUUUCGGACAAGCAUGGAUUUACAAUUUUGAAUUCAAUGCAUAAAUACCAACCCAGAUUCCAUAUUGUGAGAGCCAACGACAUAAUGAAGCUUCCGUACAGCACCUUCCGGACUUACGUUUUCCCGGAGACGGAGUUCAUCGCAGUCACAGCGUAUCAGAAUGGAAAGAUUACACAGCUAAAAAUCGACAACAACCCCUUUGCCAAAGGAUUCAGAGACACAGGAAAUGGGAAACGAGAAAAAAGGUACAAGCCUUUCACUAUUUCUUCAAUGCACGAGACCGAAAGCAAAGCGGACCGGGACUGUGCUGAUUCUGAUGACUCAUGUGAACAACCCAGUACCAGUUAUCCUUUUUAUUCCCCUCGGGAGCUGGUGAGCAGCCCUCUGAUGUCCACACCAACCUGUCAAGAUGAGAACAAUAUUGGAAGUGAUUCAGAUGUUGAUCUACAAGAUAAGGACAUUGCUGAAGCCAGCUGUUCCAGGACUGAACAUGUGUCUACUUUGAGUCAGAAGAGUGAGGAGAUACUGUGGAACGAGGCUGCUCACAGUAAGAGCGACGACAAUCAGGAUACAACAAAAGAGAGAACAGUGUUUAGAUCAUCAGAUGAUAUGUACUCUAUGGAGACUGAUUCUUCAAAAAGGCACAUGAGCGAAACCAAAGAUGGGGUCCUGCCUAUGAUGUUGCAAACACAGAGCUCAUUGUCCCCCAGCGUUGGUCACCUUCAGACUUUGGAUUUCUCGAGUGCGCGCAGCCAACAGUUUCUUAAGCUUGGGGCACCUUGGUUGUUUCACCCGGGACAGUUGUCAGUUAAGCCGGAGGGUAUGGGACAUCUGUUGUCUUCUUUGCCUGGAGUAGAAAACGGAGGCCUGUCUUCUCAAAGCAUCACCUCUCCAUCUCCCUUCAUGUUUCACCACAUGCUGGCAUCUCAGGGACUCUCACUGUCACCCUUUGGAGGACUUUUCUCCUAUCCAUACGGCUACAUGGCAGCACCAGCUCUCCCCACCUGUUCGGCAACCUCUACGCUGGCCAGAAACCACUGUUUCCGCAGCUCUCAGCCUUGGUUGCGUUUCAGCCCUUAUCAGAUCCCCAACUCUGUCAACUCAAGCCAAAACCUGUUCGCAAACAGACCGCCUAGCAGUUCAAACUCCCAAUCUAAGGUAUCCAAAUCAGGGAGCAGACAGUCAAGUCCAGUGUCUGACAAUCAAAGUCACAAAACCAAAGCCAAGCAGAAGUGUGCUUCACCGAAAAUCAGCAAGUGUUCAGUUAAUGAACUGCAAAACACACAGAACCCAGUUACAGGACUUGAUAAACGACUUCCUCCACAAUAGACUCUAUGUUGUUUGUGAUCCUUCAAGUGGUGGAUACUGGGUAACAGACAGCGACAAGUUUACGUAGAUCCACAUAAUCACCUAAAAUAAAUAUUUUGUCAGAAACGGCAUGUGUUGCUGCUUUUGUGAUUAUAUCAUCAAUAAUCCUGCCUAAUAAACAUUGAUUUGGUGAGAUUUACAGGUCAAAAGACAAUGAUUUAUGUUAACACUAAUUAUAUUUAGGCCUACUAUAUUUCAGUGUAAAGCAGGUUUCUCACUACAUGUUUGAAUAUAGUAAUUUUUAUAUGCAACCUAGACGUCUUAAAUUACUAUCACCUUUUUUUAGCCAAAUUUAGUCCAGUUUUAACAUAAGACAUCAUGGUGUCUUUUGGUUUGUAAAAACACCAAAUUGACAUUUACUGGAAGUUCUAAAAACUGUUAAAAAGAUGGUCAUUGGAAUUCAUUUAGGGAAAACGAGCUAUGCAAAACUCAAUACCCAAAGUGGAAUGCUAUAUAGAACGACAAUGAUAUGCUUAAAAUAUGAAUAAAACAUUCCUAUUGCUUCAUUCUGUAUGAUGAUGUAUAUAUUUUGCUCAUUUCACAUUCUGUAUAAAACAUGGCUAAUCAAAGCUUUUUGAGCCUGAACACUGUAACUUGAACUGAUCACGGUUAAACCUGCCAUUGAUAUAUGAGGAAAUUGUAAGCCACCUGUUCACAUUCUACCAAAGCGGCACUGUGGACUGGGAUGGAAAACUCAGGAUGCUUUUAUUUUUACCAGCAAUUAAGAAAAAUGUCUUCAUUAACCUG